AUGUUCUUCCUUAAAGAAGAGACCAAGGUCAUUUCCUUGCAUCCGUCAUUCUUCGGACCCAAUAUGCGAGAGUACCUGAUUACCCGACUAAACGAGGAGGAGGAAGGCCGGUGUACGGGUGACCACUUCGUGAUUUGCGUGAUGGACAUGGUCGAUAUCGGCGAGGGACGAGUGAUUCCGUCCAGCGGAAAUGCGGAAUACACCAUCAAAUACCGUGCGAUUAUCUGGAAGCCAUUCCGAGGCGAGACGGUCGAUGCUAUCGUCACAUCCGUGAAGCCUACCGGUAUCUUUACGUUGGCUGGACCUCUGUCUGUAUUCAUUGCGCGAAAGAACAUUCCUGGCGACAUCAAGUGGGAACCGAAUACCGUGCCCCCGCAGUAUACCGAUCAUGCCGACCAGGUGAUUGAGAAGGGGACCAGUCUGCGUCUCAAGAUCCUCGGUGUUAAGCCCGACGUGGCGGCGAUCAACGCCAUCGGCACAAUCAAGGAAGAUUACCUUGGGUGA